AUGGUCGGGAUGACGGGGUUGGUCUCACAGUGGACUCCCGUGCGCACGGUCGAAAAGAAAACCGCCGCUUUAACCCCUCAGCUACUCGGUGCAAUUGCGUCUUUCCUGUCCAAGAAUGGCUUCACCGCUACCAGUGCUGCAUUCUCCGAUGAGUUGAAGAAGACCGGCAACGCCAAGGUUGAUGGAAAGAACGCCCCGUCUCUGAUUGAACUCUUCCAGAGACGGGACACUACCUCUUCCAGCUCGGGAUCUUCUAGUUCGAGCAGCAGCUCCGAUAGUGACAGCAGCUCUGAUUCCGAGAGCGACGCUAGCGACUCCGAUACUAAGAUGGAAGAUAUCUCCAAGGCGCGCUCCUCGUCUCCCACUUCCUCUUCCUCUUCUUCCUCGAGCUCUGACAGCGAUGCUGAUGAUGAGGAGGAAGAUGUUGCGGCUCCUGCUCCCGCCCCUGUUGCUCAGAAGGUUGCUGGUGUGAAGCGCAAGGCCGAGUCUAGCAGCUCCUCCUCGGACUCCAGUUCGGAUUCUGAAUCUGAGGAUGAAGCGCCUAAGACGAAGAAGGCCAAGGUUUCCAGCAAAGAAUCUUCCUCCGACUCCAGCUCUGAAUCGUCUUCCGACUCUGAUUCUAGCUCCAGCAGCUCGUCCAGCUCAAGCUCUGAUUCUGAUUCCUCCGACUCCUCCGAUUCGGAGAAAGAAGCCACCGAGAAGGCAGCUGCAAAGGUCUUGAAGAAGGCUUCAAAGACCCCGCUUCCAGAAUCUUCGAGCGACAGCUCUGACGAGGAGAAGACUGGUGGUGUUCCCGUGGCCAGCAACUCGUCUUCCGAUACCAGCGCCACUAUGUCUGCCUCUCCAGUCACCGAAAACAAGCCUCUGCAGCAUGCGCAGACUUCUUCUUCAUCCAGUGCCAGCCCCGCCCCCGGAAAUGGCUCAACCAAGAAGAAGCAUGUCGGUGCUCGUCCGACCCCUCUGGCUGCUCUGAGCGCGCAGCCCUAUGACGGUUUCUCUAACGAAUAUGUCUCCUACGCCUACGCAGACCGCGCCUAUGCCGAUCUCUCCGUUACGCGCGGCAAGGGUUUCACCAAGGAAAAAAACAAGAAGAAGCGCGGCUCUUACCGUGGCGGCCCCAUCGAUAUCUCAGGUGGCAAGUCCUUCAAGUUCGACGAUUAA